AGCGGUGUGCUGUCAUACGGAGACAUGUCAAGAUUAGUAUGUCCAAACAAAUCUGAACUUGAGAAACCAACAACAAGGAUAAGGAGUUUUGAAAGUCGUUUUUUUCUUCAUCCACCUGAGCUGUAACAGCCUCAAAACAACACAUCCCUGCAUUAAACCCUCGCUGUGGGACACCUUUCCUGCCUUCAUGCUGUCGACCUGUCUCCCUUUAUUGGUUCAUAUGUUUCGUAGCUGAUUUUGAUAAAUCAUCGUUGAUUUUUUCUCUUUUUUCUCCUGUGAUUGUUUGUGUUUUUCCUCGCGUGUUUUUUUCGGGGUGAAGCCCGGACCACGUCCAUGUGGCCCCUCCCCUUUGCGCUGCAACUGUAGCGCUGCCGAGGAGCCAGAACACCACAGAGCCUCGAGUCAGUCUCACAGCACACACGCAGAGGAGGACAGUGGAUCUCCGGAGGAUAGACCAAGUCAGAGGAUCGAGUGCAGGAAUAAGGAUAUACUCAUACGGACCUUUUUGUGUGUGUGUGUGUGUGUGUGCCUCGGCAGGAUUUUAUUAUUAUAUUUGUGAGUAAAGACUAAGCAGGUUUUCUUCCUUACUCAGGAGAACUUUUCCUCUCUGAACACAGGCACCAUGGAGACUCUAAGUAUUGCACAGUGGAAUCCAGUUAAUGCUGUAUAAAUGUGUAUGUGUGAGUGCGUUGUUGGUCGAUUGAAAAUUUUAUGUCUGGGCAAUAAAAAUGGUUGAGCCAGUGGGGUUUGUGGAGGCAUGGAGAGCCCAGUUCCCAGAGUCUGACCCCCCGUGCAUGGAGCUGAACUCACUGGGGGACAUUGAACAGGAGCUGGACAAAUGCAAGACCGCCAUAAGGCAGCUGGAGAAGGAGGUGAACAAGGAGCGCUUUCGGAUGAUCUACCUGCAGACUCUGCUUGCAAAAGAGAGGAAGUCUUAUGAUGGGCAGAGAUGGGGGUUUAAAAGGAUGCCCCAGGCGUUAGAAGGAGACCUGCCCAGUGGGCUCGACAGCCAGUGUUUGAACGAAGAUGAGGCACCAGUGGAGGAGCAGCAGCAGAGAGGGUGUGUGAAGACAGCAAGGUGUACACCGCAUUUAGAAGGAGACGUAGAUGAUGCAUCCCCAGCCAAACAGAAGGGUGGGGUGUCAGCUGUCCGCCAGGAGUCGGAGAUUCCUGAUUUCCCAGUGGGCCCAGGCUCAGUGGCAGCUCUGAGAUCCAACUUUGAGCGCAUCAGGAGAGCCAACUCCCACACCGCCGGGGAUGGCAGAGGGUUGUCGAUGAUGGGCGGCCAGGAGAAACCGUUCUACGUGAACAUGGAGUACCAUCAGGAGCGAGGGCUGGUCAAAGUCAACGACAGGGAGGUCUCAGACAAGAUAAGCACCUUGGGCUGUCAGGCCAUGCAGAUUGAGCGAAAAAGGUCCCUACACUCUCUCCCAGGGAAUCUGUCCGCUGCCACAGGGGACAUCAGCAAGGCUGUUCAGAGAGGCAGAUCCACCGAGGGGAACUGCAGCUACAACGGGUCAUAUGAUGAAGCCGAGGUCAACCCGCACUUCCUGAAAGACCGUUCCACUGGGGAAAAGUCUGAGCGACAGCCAGCUGAGUGUCAGCCUUACACUAGCGUGUAUGUUGGGGGAAUGAUGGCUGACGGGGACACCCGAGUCAUCCACAUUAGGGACCACAGCGUAGAGGAGGAAGCACAUCUCACCUGGCCGAGGUGCUCCUACUCUCCCGGCAGCUUUGAGGAGGUGGGAGGAGGCUACACACCGGACUGCAGCUCCAACGAGAACUUGACAUCCAGCGAGGAGGACUUCUCUUCAGGCCAGUCCAGCCACGUGUCCCCGAGCCCGACCACCUAUCAGAUGUACAGGGAGAAGAGCCGCUCACCCUCCCAGCACUCCCAGCACUCAUUUGACAGCAGCAGCCCACCCACACCUCUCUCUCAGAAGCGUCUGAAGCAGCAGGUGAUGGUUUCUGAGGCCUCCAUCAUUGGGGUCCGUAAAACGGGCCAGGUCUGGCCCAGUGAUGGAGAAUCCACCACGUCUAGCAGGACCUCUCAUGACAACAGUGUUCAAGGAGAUCUGGAGGCUGCAUACAACGAGACACCUCUGUCAUAUGUAUAUGACCUGGAGAACUCAGAAGUGCACCAGCCCUGCCACGACCAUCUGUCCUACACUGGAUCUCCUUCCUCCUCACCACGACUCCGCUCAAAAAGCCGGAGUAGCCGAGACACCCAGUCCUCCGGCUCUCUGGAAUCCACGCUUUCGGUUGAGUUGGAUCAGGAGAAGGGGCUGGAGAUGAGAAAGUGGGUUUUGUCAGGAAUCCUGGCCAGUGAGGAGACCUACCUCAGCCACCUGGAGGCCCUACUGAUCCCCAUGAAGCCUCUGAAGGCCGCGGCCACAACGUCCCAACCGAUGCUGACCAUUCAGCAGAUUGAGACCAUCUUCUUCAAAGUACCAGAGCUUCAUGAGAUCCACAAAGACUUCUACGAUGCCCUGCUACCUCGGGUGCAGGACUGGAGCCAUCAGCAGUGUGUGGGCGACCUCUUCCAGAAACUGGCCAGCCAGCUUGGAAUGUACCGGGCAUUUGUGGAUAACUAUAAGGUUGCUGUGGAGACGGCCGACAAGUGCUGCCAGGCAAACGCUCAGUUUGCCGAGAUAUCUGAGAAUCUCAAGGUCAAAAGCACAAAGGACUGCAAAGACCAGCCGGCUAAAAAUUCACUGGAAGCUCUUCUCUACAAACCUGUGGACAGAGUGAUGCGCAGCACACUUGUUCUGCAUGACCUCCUGAAGCAUACGCACUCCAGCCACCCAGACUAUCCACUAUUACAAGAUGCCCUUCGCAUCUCACAGAAUUUCCUGUCCAGUAUCAAUGAAGAGAUCACCCCGCGUAGGCAGUCCAUGACAGUCAAGAAGGGAGAGAACCGUCAGCUGCUGAGGGAUCGUUUCAUGGUGGAGCUGGUUGAAGGUUCCAGGAAACUCCGUCACGUCUUCCUGUUCACUGACCUGCUGCUUUGCACCAAGCUGAAGAAACAGGCCGCAGGGAAAGGGCAACAGUAUGACUGUAAGUGGUACAUCCCACUGGCUGACCUGACCUUUCAGACCAUUGAGGACUGUGAGUCGACCCCCAUCCCUCUGGUCCAGGACGAGGAAAUUGACGCGAUGAAGAUUAAAAUCUCCCAGAUCAAGAAUGAGAUCCAAAGAGAAAAGAGAACCACCAAGGGGCCCAAGGCGAUUGAGCGUUUGAGGAAGAAGUUAUCAGAACAAGAGUCUCUGCUGCUUCUCAUGUCACCCAACAUGGCAUUCAGAGUGGCCAACAGAAAUGGAAAGGGUUUCACAUUUCUGAUCUCAUCUGACUACGAACGUGCCGAAUGGAGGGAGAUUGUUCGCGAGCAGCAGAAGAAGUGUUUUAAAAGCUUCUCUCUGACCUCUCUGGAGCUGCAGAUGCUCACUAACUCCUGUGUGAAGCUCCAGACUGUUCACACCAUUCCAAUGAGUGUGAAUAAGGAAGAUGAUGAAUCUUCUGGUUUAUAUGGCUUCCUGAAUGUCAUUGUCCACUCUGCAUCAGGGCUCAAACAGAGCUUAAACCUUUACUGCUCUCUGGAAGUGGAUUCUUUUGGCUACUUUGUCAACAAAGCCAAAACACGAGUGUAUAGAGACUCUACAGAACCCAACUGGAACGAGGAGUUUGAGAUUGAACUGGAGGGCUCUCAGACUCUGAGGCUGCUCUGUUAUGAGAAGUGCGGCAACAAAGCCAAGCAGGGCAAAGAAGAUGGAGAGAUCACUGACAAGAUCAUGGCCAAAGGACAGAUAAAGCUGGAUCCCCAGACAUUGCAAAACAAAGACUGGCAGAGGUCAGUCAUCACCAUGAAUGGGAUUGAGGUGAAGCUUUCGAUGAAAUUCGCCAGCAGAGAAUUCAGCUUGAAGAGGAUGCCCUCGCGGAAACAAUCCGGUGUCUUUGGAGUGAAAAUCAGUGUAGUAACUAAGCGAGAGCGCUCCAAGGUUCCCCUCAUUGUGAGACAGUGUGUGGAGGAGAUCGAGCGACGAGGGAUGGAGGAGGUCGGAAUCUACAGAGUGUCUGGCGUCGCGACGGACAUCCAGGCGCUGAAGGCUGCAUUCGAUUCAAACAACAGGGACGUGUCUGUCAUGAUGCGGGAGAUGGACGUAAACGCCAUCGCUGGAACACUGAAGCUGUAUUUCCGCGAGCUGCCGGAGCCUCUUUUCACUGAUGACCUGUACCCUAACUUUGCUGGAGGCAUCGCUCUGUCUGACAGUGUGGCCAAGGAGAGCUGCAUGCUCAACCUGCUGCUGUCUCUCCCAGAGCCCAAUCUGGUCACAUUCCUCUUCCUGCUCGACCACCUAAAAAGGGUGGCUGAAAAUGAAAGCAUCAACAAGAUGUCUUUGCACAAUCUGGCUACAGUCUUUGGACCCACUUUGCUUCGGCCCUCUGAAAAAGACAGCAAGAUCUCACACAGCUCACAGCCCAUCUCCAUGAACGACAGCUGGUCUCUGGAGGUUAUGGCGCAGGUUCAAGUCCUUCUCUACUUCCUUCAGCUGGAGAGCAUUCCAACACCGGACAGCAAACGUCAAAGCCUUCUGUUCUCUACCGAAGUAUAACAGGAACCUCACGCACUUGUCCAUAAAUGUCCUUCAGAGGAAAAAUGGCAGCUGUUUGUUGAGGUGGAUAAUGCAGGGCAGCCAUGGCUGGCUGCUUCACUGAGAAGAUGUUUAAUUUAGCCACCAGGGGGAACCAGUAAACUGGAAACAGCCACCAGACAGCCCUAUAUGAUAUAUGGACAAUAUAUAUAUACAAACACACAUAUAUGUGUGUGUGUGUGUGUGUGUGUGUGUGUGUGUAUAUAUAUAUAUAUAUAUAUAUAUAUAUAUAUGUAUAUAUAUAUAUAUAUAUAUAUAUAUAUAUAUAUAUAUAUAUAUAUAUAUAUAUACUAAAUUAUAUAUAAUUGAAUUUAAAUUUCAAGGAGCAUUAAUUGCUGUACUUUAUACUCCCCCUUGUCCUGUUCUGUCUCGGUAACAUUAGCUCCAUAUUCCCAGAGGGGGGUUUCUUCUGCUGUCGUUGAAUUCUUUCAGAUUUAUUUUUGUGGCUGGCUGAUGGAUGAAUGGACUCAUAUUUUUGAUGUCUAUACAUGUUUAUUAUUUCCCAGAAAUGUUUCACUUGGUUGAAAGCUCACCUGUGCCAAUGUUUCCCUGCUGAGGACCAAUAGAACAUUUCGGUUACCCUAAUGUUUACACUCUUAUUUUUGUACAUAAUUUAAUAGUAUGAGACUGAAAACUAGUCAGAACAACAUGCAGGCAUGUUGACCUAACAAGUUGUAAGUGGUUUUUUUUUCUCCUGUGCUAUACAAUUUGUAUAGUGUCCAUAUUCAGUUCGCAAGUUCUUCUGGUGGUGUCCGAGCCAGAGUUUUUUUGUGAGUUAUGGGUGCUUUUUUGGAGGUGGUACCGAGAAAUUAAAGGCUAAUCAUUCCAGGAAAAGACAAGUUUUAAUUCUUCCACCCAUGGAAUGUAUACUGUGCUGUGUAUAAUUUUCAUUAUGCAGUUGUCUUUUGCCCAUAUUUCACAUGUUUUGUGAGAACAUUUCUUUUAGAUUUUGUUUAGUUUGAUUUAUUCUGUUGAAGUUAAUGUAUGUGUGUUGCUCGUUGCAUUCAUUGUGUGUAAUCUACUACCUUCAUAGGACACACUGCUGUAGAAAGGAGAACACCUGGAGAUUAUCUAAAAUACCAAAUGUUAACUAGUAGGACCCUUGCAGCACAGUGAUUCACUCAUAUCCAAAUCUCCUCAUAUAUUAACUGGUUCAUCAUCCACAUACCAAGUAUUAUUUUCAGUUUUCUGUGAAAUUAUGCUGUAUGAUUCCAUUACAUUUUUUCCCCAGAUCAUCGCAAGUUUUACACUUGAUAGCACAAACUAUAACCUUCAGUCCUUGUGAUCCAUGUAAAAUGAGCAAUAAGUCUUAGCGAUUCAUAGGAUGAGCAUUGACCAGGGUGUCAUUUAUGUAUGAUCUGUGUAAAUAAAAACUUAAUAACAUUA